GCCACGAAAUUCAAAGUAUGUAAUCACGUGACAUACAUUGAUAGUGGCCUUUGCCCACAAUGUAGAAGCGAACUUUCCAAAAUUCAAUUAUUCUCGGCCCCUCCACCACCACAUUAUCACAACUGCAACGCCAACAUCAGAAAUCCAACAAUAUGGCCCCCGCAGCGACUGGCGCGAAGAAGCAGAAGAAGAAGUGGUCCAAGGGCAAGGUCAAGGACAAGGCGCAACACGCCGUCCUUCUCGACAAGACCACUUCCGAGAAGCUCUACAAGGAUGUUCAAUCAUACCGCCUCGUCACAGUCGCCACGCUCGUCGACAGACUAAAGAUUAACGGCUCGCUAGCGCGGAAAUGCUUGAAGGACCUCGAGGAGAAGGGGCAGAUCAGGUCUGUUGUCACGCACAGCAAGAUGAAGAUCUACACCCGAGCCGUCGGUGCGUCGGACUAAACCAUCAACCUCACGACACCACACGAUGAAUAUGGCGACGGCCGACAGUCAACGAUGGAACAGUUUGGCGGGCCUAGAGGGAUCGCGGAUGGAAAUUAGGUGGAUUCGGGCUUUCGGUCCCCGGCGUCGCGUUUAGCAUGGUUACGGUUCAGAAUUUUGCUUGUAGUUGCAUUCAGAUAGGGUCCAAAUGGAAAACCCUCUGUCACCCCGUUA